AGCCAUGUUGUAACUUUGACUGAAGCCCGUCCAAGUUUUCAGUGAGGCAGCUGUUGGUUCAUUCCUGGGUUUCCUCUCUCGAGUGUAGAAGUAACAACUGGUAUUACGACUUGAAAUGAACACCAGCAGCUUUAUAGUCGCAGUGCGGAGAGGAUGCACGCCUAGCUUCAGACGACCUCCCGUUUCCUUUUCGGUGGUUCAGUGCCGCCUGCGGUCCACACAGCCUGUCCCCGCAGCCCGGCUGCCCUACAGAGUCAAGGUGUCUGCUGGGAAACCCUACGCCUGGUGUGCUUGUGGACACAGUAAGAAACAGCCUUUCUGCGACGGAGCUCACAGGUCAAAAGCUCCGAGUAUCUCUCCUGUACGCUUCACCCCGGACAAAGACAGGACGCUCAUGCUGUGUGCCUGUAAGCAAACCAAAGACGCACCGCACUGCGACGGCUCACACUUUAAGGUCAUCUUCCAGGAUCUAGUGAAGUCGGUGAAAGGCAUCUUUAAAUGAACAGUGUUCAAGAUGUCUGCCCUGGGAGGCCAAAGAGCAGUACUGCAAUAGAAAUGGAACAACAACAAAAAACCAAUUACUCCCCAGUAUCUUUAUCUUGUCUCAAUGAAAAUACAGUAGCUGUGGAGAUGUGAUGUCCUGAAUCCUUUUGUCCUCUUAGAUAUUUUCAAUGAUAUUGUUUUUGAAAUACAUGUAUAUGAUUUAAACCCAAUGCUAUAUACAAAAGCAUAACCAAUUAAACAUGCUAAAUAAAAGAAAA